AUGGAGGCACUCAAGCGUGGAGGACUGUGGGAAAUUGAGACCGUAGGGAAGCAGAGGUCAUUCCUUGCGAGAGGACCGGUCAAAAAGGACCGUGUGUGCGCCACCGUGGCAAAGAGGCCGGUAAGAGCGGAAAGCGUGGUGAAAAAGACGGUGAAGGUCGUGGAGAUCGAUCUAGACGAGUUGGACGACGAGAAAGGGGAACUUGUCCGCGCCGCGCGCACAGAUUCAAAAGAGAGCCAAUGUGGGCCGAUUGUGGAAGUUGUGCGCGAAGGUGUGAAGGUGUCUGAGGAGAUCGGAGAGGCCAAGGAAAGCCAAGUGACGGCGGUAGAGAGCGAGCCCGCCGAUGUGGAACAGGCAACGGAGAAGCCUGUAGUGGAGUCCCAAGAGUUGGAAAAACAUCGUGCGAGAGUGCGACGGGAUCCCGCCGAGUGGUAUCAGGCAAAUGUGGGAGUAGCAACGGAAGCCGUGGGAGCCGAAGAGCCGGAGCACGGAGUGGAGAAGACGUCGUCAGAGAAGAGCGACGCAAUGCGCUAUCAGGAGAGCGAGGGUGGCGAAAGUGGAGGUGUGUGGGUGACGCCGAAAGCGAAGAACACAGCCCGCAAGAGAAGCGUGACGAGUUACAAAGGCUUUGAGUAA